CACAAAACCUCUGAAGUAUUUCUGGUAUGCAAAUCCCCUUCCUCUUUUUAUUAAGAUAGACUUUACAACUUUACAGUAUUUUUGCAAGAAUAGUCUGAGAGGUUAUUGAACUUGUCCUAUACAAACCACAUGCACAAAUGAAUAUAAGAAAGACUACUGGGCUAGUCUUACGCAAUCCAAAAGCUUGAAGUUUCUGGUAUGCAAUUUUUUCCCCUCUUCUCUAUGUAUUAUAUAGAAAUAUACUUAAAAAGUUACACUAGGCCAACCUUAUAAUUUGUAAGAAUAAUCUGCGAAUAGUUGAACUAUUUUAUUGUAUUAACACAUAUCAUGUUAACGACCAUAAUAAGAAUUAGGUCGAACAUUAAAUACGACUAUACCAAAUUAUAUAUUGGUCUCUGACUUUUUCUAUGAAUUUAUAAGUAGUACUAACAAUUCUUCUACCUAUCCCUUAGUGCCAUGCCACAUUAUGGCCCUCAGAAAACAAAACCUUCUCCUCUUCAUCAUCUUCUUCCCUCUCCUAAACGCCUCACACCCAAAUUCUUGCUACACUUCUACUUGUGGAAGUGGGAACAUAGACAUCCGUUUCCCUUUCUGGCUAUCUCCCAAGCAACCUGAGUCCUGUGGUCACACAGGAUUCAAACUCUUAUGCACUGACCGCAACAAAACAAUCUUGGAGCUUCCUAAAUUCAAACCAUUUAUAGUCCGAGAGAUCGAUUAUGGAAGGCAGAAAAUUCGACUCAGUGACCCUGAUAGAUGCUUGGCCAGACGACUCCUCAGCUUCGACGCUUCGGGGUCUCCUUUUUCUAUGUUUCUUCCUCGUAGCUACACGGUUUUUAUCUGUCCUAAGGACAAGAAUGUUGCACCAUCUUUCAGAUCAAUCCAUUGCCUUGGUAACUCCACUUCCUCCUUCUUUGUCACGGAGUCGGAACAGGUCAGUUUGAUGCCGUCUUCUUGUCAUAUCUUCAAGACAGUACGUCUUCCGUUUUCAUUCCAUGGUGACAUCAACUAUCAAGACCUGUGGCUCAAAUGGAACUCGCCGGAUUGCAGAUAUUGCGAGAGGACUAAUUCGAGAUGUGGAUUUGUAAACAAUACCAUCCUCCAAGUCCACUGCUUCGGUUCUAUAUAUUCAGGACUUCACACCACAAGCUUACAUGUAAUAAAAAUAAUCAGCCUCUCUCUAGUGGGACCAAUUAUCGCCUUGACCUUCUGCGUCGGUCUUGUCAUGUUCAGCUCCGAGAGAGUAUCUCCUCAGAUACAACACGCAAUGGCUGCCCGGGUUUCCAGAUCCGUAACACCAGUGCCAGAAAGCGACCAAGUCAUCACGAGGACGGGUCUCGAUGAGUCUACGAUUGAGUCAUAUAAGAAAGUUGAGUUAGGUGAGAGUGGGAGACUCCCGACCGGGUCAAAUGAUGUUGUAUGUUCCAUUUGUUUGUCGGAAUACGCAACCAGAGAGACCGUUAGGUGCUUACCUGAAUGUGAACAUUGUUUCCAUGCUGAAUGCAUCGAUGCGUGGCUUAAGUUGCAUAGUUCGUGUCCGGUUUGUCGGAGAAAUCUCCCUCGCAUACGUGAAGGAUGCAACUAACUUUGCAUGUAUGAAUUAACUUUGUAACGUUUAAUUAUAUAUAUAAUUUGGAAAUCUUGGAUUCUCAAAGAAGUUUAUUAAAGGUUGUGUUGAAUUUUAGUCAAUUCUGCAUUCGCUGACCAUAAUAUUA